GAUCUGAUGACUAAAGAAGCCAGAAGUAAACUUCUGAGAGAUGAAGUGAAUUUACUUCAGAAGAAACUCAAGACAGCAGAAACACAGAAGACAACCUUUGAGAAAUCUAUAAAAGAGUUGACAGAGAAGAGCACCCAAUGGCAAGACAGAGCUUCAGAACUACAGAGUACAGUGGAGCGUCUACAGAAACUAUACGACGAGAAAGCCAGUGGUCAGGAACAACAAGAAGUCAAGGAACUUGUAGAUGAUGCUAUGAAACCUAUCUAUAUUGACAUAGAGAAUGAAGGGACUGGUGAAUCAUCCGAGACCCUCUCAAAUGCUGGCACUCUCUCUCGCAAAAGCCUCCCACAACCGCCUCCCCUUCCUCCAAUGGUUCCAGGGCUGCCUCCCCCCACACCUAUGUGGAACACCACCAAGAUCAUUACUCCUAAUGUGAACCUCCCCAUGUUAAACUGGACCCCUAUCUACCACCCUGGAAACACAGUGUUCAAGAAACAUACAGAUGAUGAGAUUCUUAAGGAGGUAAACUUUGCUGACUUUGAAAAUGAGUUCCAACUUCCUGAUCUAAAUACCACUUCAAAGGCUAAAAGGGACCAAGUCCUGAAGAGGAACUCUGGGAAGAUAACAUUCGUAGAAAAUGACAGAGCAAGAAAUCUAUUAAUAACAAGAAGAAACAUUGAGUUCCCACUUGAGAAAAUUGCCGAGUACCUGGAUCAAUGUGACAUUGAAAAGAUUCCCGGUGAUUAUGCUGAACUCUUAUUGAAAUAUGUACCAACACAAGAAGAGCGUAAAGCUUUGGCAAGACAUAGUAAAGAAUAUGCAAAGUUUGGUGAGGCUGAGCUUUACAUGCAUGAGAUGAAUAAGAUUGAGAGGCUUGAGUCUAAGCUGGGGGUGAUGGCAUUUAUGGGGAUGUUUGAGGAACUGAUAACUACAGUAGCUCCACAAAUUGAAGCAGUAAUGGUUGGAUCUGCCUCUGUCUAUAAAAGUGCCAAGCUUGUCAAAAUAUUCCAGAUCAUCCUCGCAUUUGGCAACUACAUGAACAGCAGUAAGAGAGGAUAUGCCAGUGGCUUCAAACUAGAGUCCUUACCAAAGUUAAUGGAAGUGAGGUCCCCCCAGGAUAGGUCAGUCACAGUGUUGCAUCAUAUUGCACAGUUGAUUGAGAACCAAUAUCCUGAGCUGAUGACUACUGAUCAAGAACUUAUCCUCCAUGUGGGCAAAGGAGUGUCCUACCAGGUAAUGACACAGGAUAUACAUGGCUUAAGGAAGGGAUUGGACAUGGUCAGAACAGAAAUUGACAAACAAGAGCAGAACAAUCCAAUCCUACAAAAAUUUUAUGACAAUGCUACAGAACCUGUGAGAAGAGUAGGUGAAGGCUUUAGGAAGAUGGAGGAGGCUUAUAGAGAAGUCUGCGUCAAAUACGGAGAGAAUUGCAAACAGAUUGAACCUGAUGAAUUUUUCCAAUAUUUCACGACACUCCUGUCAAAUUUGAAGAAAUGCCAGGAAGAAAAUCAAAAUAGAGAUAGUUUACCAGAAUUGUCUCCAAGACCAUUGGUUAGUCCUGUGCGACGUACAAAUUCCCUGAGAACCCAUGAACAACAGCCCCGAGUAACAAAAGAAAACCUUUCACAGGCUAUAGCCAACCUGAAGCAGACACCCCAAAAUAAACAUACAAAACAACGUUUGCUUUCACCUGUGAAGAGACAAAGCAGUAAGAAAGAAGAAAAGCCUCCCGUCAUUGUUGCUAAAGAACAAACUGUGACUGAG